ACAAUAUCGGCAAUGCACGAGUUUAGUGCGUGAACAUGCCUCCAUCGCGUCAUCGGAAGACAGUACUUAAAAAGGAGAUAUAUACUGCAGACAUAUCAAUAUCAUUCAAACACUACUACAGCGUCUCCUCGCCAGAAAACAGUUCAACUGAAAGGUGGUGUACAUACAUACAGGAUGUGUUCAGUGAUAUUUCUGCUUGUAUUAGCCGCUUCUCCGGCGUUGAUAUCUACCAGACUGGUCAAUAGUUAUGACAACUUUCCAGAAGAGUCAAUUGACGCACGUGAAAAAACUUCACUAGGGCCAUAUUCCACCAUGGACGAUAAAACAGACACCACGGACGGUACAACAGAAGAGAAUCAGUUGAUAACUAGAAUAACUGCAUUGGAAGAAACGAUUAAACAUCUGGGUCACAAACCGGUUGCUUUUCACGCUGUGAGGGACGGUAACGAAUAUCCUCAUCUUGGAAUCAAUCAACACAUUGUAUUUGGUACAGUCUUACUUAACAUCGGGAAUGGAUACAGCGCCCACCAUGGCAUUUUUACUGCCCCCAAAGCUGGCUUGUAUAUAUUUUCGGCUUCUAUCUUAAGCUACAAUGGACCCAAGACAUCCUUGUUUGCUGCAGACAUCGUUAAGGGCGGGUACCUUCUUGCCAGGCUAUACGGUCAUGGAGUUAAUGGAUACCAUGACCAAGGAUCGGCUACAGUGGUCACCCAGUUAAAAGCUGGAGAACAAGUUUGGGUUCGGCAAGCCUGGCCUCCGAAUGAUUCGCUGUACGGAGGUCGUUAUACAACCUUUAGCGGGUCAUUGAUUAGUUUCUGAAAUCGACCCCGUAACUCUAUACAGUAAACCUCACUUAUAAGGAACUCGGAUAUAAGGAACACUCGGUUAUAAGGAACAGUUUUCAAUUCCCCGAUCUAAUUCCUUCUUUAUUCAAUGUAAAAAUCCUCGGUUAUAGGGAACUCGGUUAUAAGGAACACUCGGUUAUAAGGAACACUUUUUCCAGUCCCAAAGUACGAAAUUCAAUGGAAAACCCCUCGGUUACAGCGAACAGACAUAAAGAAUAAAAAAUAUUGAAAACCGAAAAUAGACAUGAGAAUCGCUGAUGACGUCAGAGUAACGUCGGCACUAUCACGCGCUUUCAUGCACAUGAAUAAACACAAAUUAUUUCAUUUCUAUGAUCUUUAGUUUGUUAAUUCACGGAUACGAUAAAAAAAAAUAUAUAUAAUAUCAUCAAAUUACCAAAUACUAGACGAUAGUAUAGACUAAUAUUGUACAAGUUUGACCUAUCAACCUGUUUUCAUCAUCGGAAGCCUUUUAUCUAGUUUUAAUAUCCAUGCAUUCUGUACACUGUUACAUCACAUCUGAUACAACUUAUAACAUAUAAGUAGUUACAGUUUCUCAAUAUUUAUACUUUUACUGUGUGCAUGUACAUAUAUAUAUAUAUAUAGUAUAUGUCUGCCCUGAUGAUUGUAGAUGAAACCGAUCGGUACAAAAAUAUAUAUAGAGGAAAACCCAUUGGAUGUUUUUCUUAUAUAUAUAUAUAUAUAUUUAUUUAUAUACUUGCACGGACCUUUGAGAGUUCACCUGAGGGGCAUGAGAAGUGUUUCAUAUAGAACAGUCCCGAUCAAACCUAGUCUACAAUUGUUUUGCUUAGUUGAAAUUUAUGCUUCCGAUGGAUGUUUUAGUAGAUGUUGCUAUUUUUUUCUGAUUUUCUAAAUGUAUUAUAUAUUUGUUUAUACUUACAAACCGCAAUAAAAAAAGAGAUCUUGAAUCUGAAAAAAAUGUAGUUUUGCGCAUAUGCUUAAGUCUUGUUUCACCUCUGUCGCAAAUUAAUGUAUCUGUGCAAAUCACCAGUACCGGUUAGUCUUCCGUCGUGCUGUUAUAUAACAGCAUUUUUGUACCGAACGAAAGCCGGUACCCAGACUACGGUACUCCUCUGACAGUCUAAACGUAAAUAUUUAUCAAAAUCAUAUUCUUUA